AUGACCCAAGGGCAUUCAUGGCUGCAUUAUCGAACUCUGGGUUCGAGUCCCGCUGGGGGCGCUGAUGAGAUCAGUUCAGGCGAGGUCAAGGCUGCAGUCUACUCCUGCUGGGGUGGGAAAAUCUUUUUGGGAGGUAGGGCUACGCGAAAUUCAAUGAAAACUUAA